AUGGAAAUUGAUAAUCUAGAUAGUUCAACAGAAGCCCAUCCAAAACAACUAACUGAUGAUGAAAUAAAAGAAUUAAGUGACGACGAAUUAGUUAGUUUAAUUGAAAAACUAAAAAAAGAGUUAGAAAGUAGAGGAAAAGUUUUGUUUUAA